GCGGCCGACCUCGACUUCACCUCCUUCUCACACCUCUCGCUGUCGACAAUCAAUCGCGAUCCCGUUCGCGCCAACCGCCCAUCAUGUCGCUCGUGUCCGGCGAGAAGACGAACUUCCAGUACAUCUUGCGUCUGCUCAACACCAAUGUUGACGGCAAGCAGAAGAUCAUGUACGCCUUGACCCAGAUCAAGGGUGUCGGUCGCCGUUACUCCAACUUGGUUUGCAAGAAGGCCGAUGUUGAUCUCAACAAGCGUGCCGGUGAACUCACCACCGAAGAGCUGGAGCGCAUCGUCACCAUCCUCCAGAGCCCCACCCAGUACAAGAUCCCCAGCUGGUUCCUCAACAGACAGCGCGAUAUCGUCGACGGCAAGGACUACCAGGUCCUCUCCAACGGCCUCGACAGCAAGUACCGUGAGGAUCUUGAGCGCCUGAAGAAGAUCCGCUCCCACCGUGGUCUCCGUCACUACUGGGGUCUCCGUGUCCGUGGUCAGCACACCAAGACUACCGGUCGCCGUGGCCGCACCGUCGGUGUCAGCAAGAAGAAGGGCUAAACGUUACGCGUUCUCAUAUGGGGUUUUCUCUCUUGUUGUUGCUGUACCUUGGUGUGUGUUUUUUUUAACGAAUACCUGACUUAGUGGGUUGGGACGGGGGACUUUAUCUGGCGUCUUCCGAUGACGUUAAAAAAUGGGACCCGGACUCCUCCCGGAAAAUGAAAAGAAUCAUACCAAUUUGAAUGAAAAAAAAAACUAGACCAAACUCUCGCCCCUUGCUUUCGCUUCACAACGCGGAUCGAAAACGGGCUCGGAUAUCCCAACCAUCCAUGCUUGCGGUACUCCGUAAUCCCUCUCCCACACUCCCCCCCCC